AUAAGCAUAAGCCGGUCUUCAGUCUCUUUCCUGUUGCGGCCUGUCCAUUCUUUACCUUUACUUUACUCUUAAUAUCUACCCUCCCCUGUCCUGCCCUGCCUCUUCCUGUCUUCCCAUACCUCCUCUUCUCUAUACAAGAUGGCUCUGGCCCUCGACCUCAGCUACGUCAACCAGUCCCUCCCCCAGAAGUACGAGUCCGACGAGGAGGACAUUUCCGAGUCUGAGGGCCACGCUUCGCCGUUGGACUCGCACAAGAGGUCUGCGACCCUUGACUCCAUCAUGAGCGUCAGCGACACCGCAGAGCCGGUGGACAGGCCGGCCUUCCCCCGACUGCUCUCGCCCUUUGCCUCUGGCAAGGCUUCACGACCUGUAUCCAUGGACACCGUCAAGCGUAAUAGCGCCGCGACCUUUGUGACGGAGCCGUGUACGAUUUUCGACCAUGACGACGACGACGACGAGAUGAUCCUUGAACUGCCCUCUCCCGACUCUACGACACCCCUGCAAUCCCCCAUCUUCCUCCAGCCCUCGGUCUAUGUGCCCUCCGAGCCACUCACCUCGUCGAGGAACUCGCUGAGAUCCUCGUCUUCUUCCUACUCUGACGACGACAGCGAUGUCUGCGUGGCCGAGCAGGUCACCUACGUCGAGCACGCAAAGCCCAGUAUAAUCCUAAUCUCCCCCACCGCAACCUCUCCGUCUACAGAUGGCUCCGUCUAUUCCAACGACGAGGCAACCAAGUCCCAGCCCCUGCUCAGCGAGACCAGCAUGGACCGCGGACGCUCCAGGUACACGCUUCGACCAGGCCACAGCAAAGUCAAGGGCAGCCUCAGCGCCCUGGACACCCUGCAAGACUGCUCGCCCGGACGGACGGAGACAGAGCCCCAGAGCGCACCAGCCGAGCGAGCACCACGAUCCAUGUCCUUUGGCGCCCGGUCAAUGUCCUUCUCACGGCCACAGACGCCUGCAACCGAGUCUCGCCGACGCCUGCAGAGGGAGCCAUCACGCCGACCCCCAUCUGCCCAGAGCACGGCCACCUUCUCGCUCUUCCCAACGCAAGCCCCGUCGUACAGCCAGGUGUACCCCGGCAUGGGCUCAAACGCAAACGACUCUCGCACCCGCUCCAUCUCCAUCUCCCACUCCGCCGCCAGCUCCGAGUACUCGCUCGCCUCCAGCCAGUCGGCCUCGCGCACCGCCAGUCCAAGCCCCUACUGCUCCCCGGCCUACAGCCGGAGCCGCUCCGGCUCUCUCUACAGCCUCUCCAGUGUCACCGGCGCUGGCUCACAGGCCAAGGCGAAGCGACCGCCGCUCCCGUAUCGUGCGUCUAUGAUCAAGGGAGCCAGCAGCCUGCGAGAACAGGUCGGCAGCAGCAGCACGGCCCCCAACGGGUCCAUGCAUACGGAUCAUGGGGCAGCACAGACGUCGCAGAUGGAGAAUUCCAAAUCCAAGACCCGCCGCAAGAAGAGCGUGAAACAGCUCAAGCCUGAGCCGGAGGCCACGAGUUCGUCGUCGGCGAAGAGCUUUGUGGGCUUCAUGCUGCGCGGGAAACGGAAAUCGGUGAUUAAGAAUUUCUAAUGCUAAUCUUUAGUCUAUAUUUUCUUUUCUCUUUUUUCUUUUUUCUUUUUCUUUCUGGUUACUUAGUUGUUGGUUGAAAAUUAGGGCCUGUGCUGUUUUUUGUCUCCGGGUGGCUGUACAUUUAGCGUUUGUUUCAAUAUCCUUGUCUUUUUUUUUUCUUUCUUUCUAUUUCUUUCUGUUUUAUUUUAUUUUUUAUUUCUUUCCGGGCAAACAGGACUGGAUGCUGGAGCUGUCUGAUUUUACUUAUUCCUGCUGUAUUAUACGACCGGAUCACUGGCAGAUCCUGCAAACGAAACCAUUCUGACUUCGUAUUAUUAUGAUUCCACUUCCUAUUCCAGUGACCAGAUAUCCUUAUGAUUCAAUUUCAAUCCUGUCC